AUGACACCAGCUUCCAAGAAAGCUCUGUGCUUGGCAAAUAUAGCUGCAUUUGGCAUUAUCUGCUCUGUUCUUGCAUUCUUUCUCUAUUUUGAGCCUCCAUCUCAUCUUUGCCCACCUCCCCCGACCGAUGAGGAAAAUUUUGAAGGCCUGGAUCUGAAUGAAAAGCCAAUAGUCCUGCUGUGGUUCUGGCCUCUGGGUGUGAAGUUUGAUUUCAAGGCUUGCUUUACCUACUACAACAUUGAUAGCUGUGUUCUGACAGACGACAGAUCUCUCUACAGCAAAGCACAGGGAGUUAUUUUCUUCCAUAAAAACAUAGACUGGUAUUUGCGAAACAUGCCGAAGGGGCCACGUCCAGCUUUUCAGAAAUGGAUUUGGUUCAAUGUGGAAUCGCCAAAGAACACAAAAAAGACUCCGGGUCUGGAAAACUUGUUCAACUUAACACUGAGCUACAGAAGAGAUGCUGACAUCCCGGUGAGGAACGAGCUCACUAUCAGGAAGACGGAUAUGAAUGAUGACUUUGUUCUGCCCAAGAAAGACAAACUGGUGUGCUGGAUUGUCAGUAACAACAUUCGAGCCACUGGAACAGCUGUGAGAGAAAGAUAUUAUCAUGAACUGUCCAAACACAUUAAAAUCCACGUCUUUGGUAGAGCCUUUACAUGGCGCCGUUUGCGUUAUGAGGACUAUUACUCAACCAUAGCUGGCUGUAAGUUUUACCUCUCAUUUGAGAACUCCAUUCACAGAGAUUACAUCACAGAGAAGGUCAACGGGCCGCUCGUUGCAGGGACGGUCCCGGUAGUUCUGGGUCCACCGAGAGAAAACUACGAGCAGUUCCUUCCUUCAGACGCCUUCAUUCACAUAAAAGAUUUCCCUGAUGCAAAGUCCCUGGCAGAGUUUCUGCUGGACAUGAAGGACGAGGCGUACAUGCGUUACUUUGAGUGGAGGAAGUUCUUCACAGCCACCCCUCAUCUUCUGUCAAUCAGCGAUGAAUUCAUUCAGCCCAUCUGCCUCGCCUGCGACCACAUGUCAAGAGACAGAGAUUUCCAUGUGGUUCAUGACCUUUAUAAGUGGAACUCUGCAUGA